UUUUUUUUUAAUUUAAUCUUUGUCUCUGUGUCUCUUACUUGCACUCAAAUAUAUAAAAAGCCCACCUUUUUUGGUGUACAGAGAUGCUCUUUUGGGCUCUCAGAUUUGCUUCCACUUGAAGAACAGAUAACACAGAAGAAGGAAGACCCUUUUCACUUAUAUAUUUGCUAAGAUGAGAGGAGGUGGUUUGUGGCAGCUUGGUCAGUCAAUCACCCGACGCCUUGCUCAGGGUGAUAAGAAGGGUGUAGCUCGUCGAUACUUUGCCUCUGAAGCUGAGCUCAAAAAGACAGUUCUUUAUGACUUCCACGUCGCUCAUGGUGGGAAGAUGGUGCCAUUUGCCGGAUGGGGCAUGCCUAUUCAGUAUAAGGACUCAAUUAUGGACUCCACUGUGAACUGUAGGGAGAACGGUGGGCUUUUUGAUGUCUCCCAUAUGUGUGGGCUGAGCCUCAAGGGGAAGGACUCCAUUCCAUUCCUGGAAAAGCUUGUCAUAGCUGAUGUUGCUGGUCUGGCCCCAGGAACGGGGACACUAACUGUCUUUACAAAUGAGAAGGGAGGGGCAAUUGAUGACUCUGUGGUUACCAAGGUCACUGAUGACCACAUAUACCUGGUGGUGAAUGCUGGAUGUAGGGAUAAGGAUUUGGCUCACAUUGAGGAGCACAUGAAGGCAUUCAAGGCCAAAGGGGGAGACGUCUCAUGGCACAUCCAUGAUGAGAGAUCUCUUCUAGCUCUUCAGGGUCCUCUUGCUGCCCCAACUCUUCAACACUUGACAAAAGAGGAUUUGAGCAAGUUUUAUUUUGGAGAGUUCCGAAUUUUGGAUAUCAAUGGGGCACACUGCUUUCUCACAAGGACUGGAUACACUGGUGAAGAUGGAUUCGAAAUCUCAGUUCCUGAUGAGAAUGCGUUGGAUCUUGCCAAAGCAAUCUUGGAGAAAUCUGAGGGGAAGGUGAGGCUGACUGGAUUGGGAGCUCGUGAUAGUCUCCGACUGGAAGCUGGUUUGUGUUUAUAUGGCAAUGAUAUGGAGCAACACAUAACACCAGUGGAGGCUGGGCUCACAUGGGCUAUAGGCAAGAGAAGAAGGGCAGAAGGUGGCUUUCUCGGAGCUGAGACAAUUCUCAAGCAACUUGCUGAUGGUCCUUCCAUCAGGCGUGUUGGUUUCAUCUCUUCAGGCCCACCUGCUAGAGGCCACAGCGAGAUUCAGAAUGAGAAAGGCGAAACCAUUGGGGAAGUGACAAGUGGAGGAUUCAGCCCUUGCCUGAAGAAAAAUAUCGCUAUGGGGUAUGUAAAAUCUGGAAACCACAAGGCCGGAACCAAAGUGAAGAUUGUUGUGCGAGGAAAGGCCUAUGAUGGAACUGUCACUAAAAUGCCUUUUGUACCAACAAAAUACUACAAGCCAACUUAAUUCAAGUGCGGUAUUUCAUCUGCAGGAGGUUCUUAACGGAACCCCUUUUGACUUCAUUAUAAACCUUGACUGCUGCAGCCAAUGCCGAUAUCCAUUCUUUACUUUCUGUGAAUCUGGAACGAAAUGGAAUGUAUUGCUUUGGUUAUUUUUCACUUUUAUGCAAUACAGUCUUUGGAGAGCUACAGUUAUAUAUACUUGAUUACUUGCAUGGUUA